GAUACAGUAUACGGGGGGUCAACCUUGAUAAUAGUCGAGGGAUGGUAUAAAUAGAAUAAAUAUUUUAAUUGAACAAUAUACACAAUUAAGCGAUUUGAUAAUUCUUUGUAGUCAAUUAGAGAUAAUGAAGGUGCCUGUUAUAUUUGUGGCUUUACAAGUAAGUUUAGUAUUAUCAUUACCAAAUUUCUUCUUCCCCAGUCAAUGGAGUCAAACAAUACUCUUGGCUGAUGAAGAAAGGUUAAUUAAAACAAGUCCAACAUCAUAUUCCAUCAUCAAUGAAUCAGAGAAACAAUCUUUAAGGGCUUCUAAUAUCAAAUUCGUUGAUGUAACGAAUCAAAUUUCUGUUCAAUCUGCCAUUGAAGAAGGUUUACUUACUAGGUCUAAUCCUAAAACAUAUUUACAAGAUUUGUUAUGGGUAAAUUCUAAAGUGAAUAUUGAAUCUAAUGAUGUUGCUGUUUAUAAGUAUCCAACUUCUUUAAAGAAUGAUAUUAUCGUUAGAAAGUUAUACGAUCAAAUUAAUUUAGAUUUAGUAUAUGAAAAUUUAUCUAAAUUUACAUCUUUCCGGUCAAGAUACUAUAAGUCUAAAUAUGGAGCUGAAAGUAGUAGCUGGUUAUUUGACAAGUUAUCUGAAGUUAUAGAACCAGUUUCAAAGACUGUUACCAUUAAUAAAUUCAAGCAUGCUUAUUGGGAUCAAUUCUCGAUAAUUGUAGUUUUCCCUGGUAAAGUUUCUGAUAAGGUAGUAGUUGGAGCACAUCAAGAUUCAAUUAAUUUGCUUUCGCCAUCUUGGUUACCAGCACCAGGUGCUGAUGAUGAUGGAUCUGGAACUGUUACUAUUCUUGAAUCGUUAAGGCUCUUGAUCAGUGCAUAUGAACUGGGAGAUUUCCAGCCUUAUAAUACUUUGGAAUUCCAUUGGUAUUCGGCAGAAGAAGGUGGAUUAUUAGGUUCUAUUGAUAUAUUUUCAAAUUAUUCUAAAUCUGGAGAAGUUGUUGUUGGAAUGUUACAACAAGAUAUGACUGGUUACACAGCUUCAACUAAAAGUCAUAAUGUUGAACCCCAUUUUGGUUUAAUAACUUCCAAUACUUCGGCUCCUCUAAAUGAAUUUCUUAAAAUUGUUAUCGAUACUUACGCAUCAAUUCCCUAUCAUGAAACGAUAUGUGGAUAUGGAUGUUCAGAUCAUACUUCUGCUUUAGAAAAUGGAUAUCCUGCUACAUUUGUAAUUGAAUCUGAAACUUUAUAUACCAAUGGAUUUAUUCAUACUAUUUUUGAUACUAUUGAAAAGAUUGAUUUUGAGCACCUUAAAGAGCAUAUUAAAUUGACCAUUGCUUAUGCUUAUGAAUUAUCAUUGGCUGAAAAUUUAUACUGAUAUUACAAAAGAAGUAGGUUAAGUUAGUUUAUAUUUAUUUAUUAAUAUAUAUAUAUAUACAUACAAAAGAAGAAGUUAAGGAAUUGAUAAGAAUCGAAUAAUAUAGCGAAUUUUAAAGUAGAAAAUAGUCAAUAAGUUUUUUUAAUUAACUAAUUUAACCUGAAUAA